UGUCACACUGACAGCUCAAGAGGAAAGGAGAGCCGGUAAUCAGCAUUCCUCGAAGGGUACAUGUACACAGAUCAUCAGAGCACUGAUGAUCAGUCCCCAGCAAUGCCACCUGUCAGUGUCCAUCAGUGCCAGCUCACAGUGCUCAUCCAUGCCACCUGCCAGUGCCCAUCAGUGCCACAUUUCAGUGCCUACCAGUGCACAUCAAUGCCACGUAUCAGUGCCCAUCUGAGCUGCCUUCCAGUGUCACCAAUCAGUGCCAGCUAUCAGUGCUGCCAAUCAGUGCUACCUAUCAGUGCCGCCUAUCAG